AUGAUUCCCUACCUGGCGGCCGAUGAACUCGGCGGCAAGCGCUCAGGCGCACCGCCGCCCGAUAGCGAUUCGGAAGCGGAAUUGGAUGCCUUCUACAAUGAAUGUAUCUCCGUAGCGAACGGGGAGACUCAAGCCCAGCCGCCGAAGAAACGGUACGAGUACGUUGUAUGUGGAAUCUUCAGGGACCCGAGCGUUACAGCCAACCCAAAUCCAGAAGCUGAACCGGCAAAGGAGCAGGCGCAGACACCUGGCCAGACCACACCACCCUUACGCAUGUCGGACCCUAUAUAUCAGAGCCCAUUGUGCCGGGAGUUCCUAGACACACUAUCGCAUCUUACGGAGACGCAGCGAGUUGAGGCUAUACACAUCCUUACGUUCCAGCGCGUGGGCGACCUUGCCUCUGGGGUGGCUAUGAAUUUCACGAAAAACGCCGAGAGCGUGAGAUCAAGCACCGUUAAGGUCAGCGUUCACAAAAAACCCAGCCCCCUGGCUGGCAAGUGCCUCAUAAUAGAUGCCGACGACGAGAAGCCAUUCUCAUCAAGUGCGGACAUAAUAGUGCGACCUAUCGGCGAUGCAGUGUCUUCCGAGAUCCUGUUAGUGCUGCCGCUGUGCGGCUACCAGGUGCUCAACCGCGUCUUCAUCUCCGGGCACGUGUUCACCAACAACUCCGGCAACCCGUCGCAGGUGGAGGUGGCAGUGCUGCGCCACUACCUUGACUGCAACCCUACGACUCCGGUGUCACAAGAUUCGCUGCUCGUAGAGGUGCGCUGCGUCGGUGACGGCGACCCCGAGACCUACAAGGCACGCAUGAGGGAAUACACGCAACUGUUGUACAAGUACGUGGACUUCGCGCUCCAAUGA